UCACCCUCACUAGCCAUGUGUAAUAACACUGACAAGUCGUCUUGUCCCUUCUGCUUGAAUCGUUUCCCAUGAGAUUCCCAAGUACACAUGCCAUCCCGUUGCUUGCAAAACUACCCUCGCUCCGCGCAGCCUUGGUCCCACCCCUCUCAUGCCACCACCCAUCGCUCAACAAAACCCACACGGUUGUUGUUGUUGCUCUUGUUGUUGUGCAACAACCUUGCUUGCAGGAACGGGCAUCAAGACGCUUGGCACGGCCAAGUACUGACGUAUAGUCUCGAGCCUAGAAACACCAUAGGCGUCCUCUCAUAUUAGAUCGAUGGGUGCCGGAACGACUUGCCCGGUCCAUUGGCCUGUACGACCGUUUACGGCUCCCUGCAAUAACUCCCUUGGUUUGGCUUGAGCUUGGACAAGGCUCGGGCAUUAUUAGGGACAUUGGCUAGUGCGGCCUCUAACAGCAUUCGGAGAAGCCGGUCACAAUUGUUUCCACUUCUCCAUCCCAUGAGGUAAGGUUCGUUAGAGGGUGUCAAAAGUCCUUGUGCCCAACGACCAUGUAUGAUACAGACAUGUAUUUUUUUCUUUUACAGUAGCCGCGCGUCUACAAGCCUGAGGUGAUGAUGAAUGGCUGGUAUCCUGCUAUGGCGGGCUGAGCCUAACCUGAGGCUUCUUUCCUAUGAAACAGGAGAGCCUUCACUCAAUCACCGAGCAACCCUCUUUUCCAAAGGCACCCACGCAAACGCCAUAAGCAUUGCUAUCUAGUCUACGUGGUGCUCGAGUGAUGGCUUGAAACUUUGCUUGGCUUUUAGUGCUGUGGCGAUGUCGCCAUGACAGUUCACUCCAAUCCAUCUAUACGAGUCUCUUAUCGCGCACCGCCUACAGUGGCAACCAUGUCUGCGUAAGGGGAUGUGUAUUUGCCUGUCAAAUUGCCCCAGCAUCUACAGUUCUCUUGGAAUGCGCCAUGGGUAGCGUCCGGGAUCCAGCAUGUCAUUGGGAGGAUUUGGUAUUCUCCGUCGGGCAAAUCACUCACUGGCUUCGCAGCGCCCUGUCC